AUGGAGGGAGAGAUGCAGCCCGCGGACGAGGGGCCCUGCGCGCCCAAGAUGUGCCGACAGGAGCGGGGUCCGUUCAGCAGCCUGAAGCCCUUCCAGAGCAAGCGCUCGGCGGGCAAGUCGCGUCUUGACAGGUCGGCUGCGGUGGUGGAGGUGCCUCUGUUCGGCGACGGACAUCACUUCACUUUUCACCCCGAGCAGCCUCAUCAUUUUCAGGCGCACCACAACCACCUCAACCACCAGCAGCACCAGCAGCGUGUGCAGCCUCUCCACCAGUCCCCCGUCGCCAUCAGCAGCAGCAGCAGCAGCAUCCAGCAGCAGCAGCAGCAUCAUCACCCGAUGCCCCAGCAGCAGCAGCAGCAUCAACAUCAUCAGCAGCAUCGCUUCCCAUGUGAGAGCAGGCCCAGCAGCAGGGUCCCCUCAUCCUCAGCCUCUCUCGGUGCGCAACAGCGGCGCGUCGGCGGAGCGGAGCCCAGAUUGUCUCCAGACUGCAGCUACGGCAUCAGCUCAGAAAACCGUCUCAUCUUGGAUGCCUUCGCUCAGCAGUGCAGCCGAGUCCUCAGCCUCCUGAACAACGGUCGUCUCCUGGAGCCUUCGUCCUCCUUCGGCUCCAACAUCAAGCUGGAGGACGCCCAGGGGCUUCACUGCUCCUCACUGGGGAAGCCCAAACCCGAAGAAAGCUCGUCGACCACGGACCCAGAAGAGGAGGCUCCACAAAGCCAUCAGAACCAACAACAGACCUCUGCCGUUCUGCGCAUCUUCACAGACUCCCUCCAGAGCUAUCUCCUCUCAGGGCCUCAGCAGCAGCAGCAGCAUCUGGCUGCAGGUCUGGAGGACGAGCCCGGUUCAGGGGUCUCUCCUCAGAGACACACCCUGGGAGGCUGGGGCUCGCCCACUCCGUCGGAGUCGUACGGCCACCCGUCGUCCACGCUGCCCGAGGAGGAAGAGGAGGAGGAGAACUGCUGUCCACGCUGCCUGGAGCUGGAGCAGGAGGUUUUGUCUCUGCAGCAGGAGAACGAGGAGCUCCGCAACAAGCUGGAGAACAUUCCAGCUCCCUGUCAAAAUGUUCUUGACUACUUCAAGACUGUUCUGGAGUUUCACAACCAGCUGAUCCAGCCGCUGCCGGAGGAGCAGCUCACAGAGGAAGAAGAACGGCAAACAGUCUUUGAGGGCAGUAAACAGCUCCUGGAGAACUACCCUCUGUUCAUCACUAACAAGCAGUGGGAUGAAGCCGUCAACUCCUCCAAGAAAGAUGGCCGCCGGCUGCUGCGCUACCUGAUACGCUACGUCUUCACCACGGACGAGCUAAAGUUCUCCUGCGGUCUGGGGAAGAGGAAGCGUUCAGUCCACUCAGGGGAGCCGGGCCUGGAGAGACGACCGCUCAACCCGGUCAAAGUCAGCUGCCUCAGAGAGUUCAUCCGGAUGCACUGUGCCUCAAACCCAGACUGGUGGAUGCCGUCAGAGGAGCAGAUCAACAAAGUGUUCAGCGACGCCGUGGGCCACGCUCGCCAGGGCCGGGCGGUCGGCACGUUCAUCGGCAGCAGCGGCAGCAGCACCAGCAGCCUCUACAUGGACAGCUUUGAAGGACACCUGUCACAGGACGAACUAUAUUUAAAAGGCUGCCAGAACGGCCAAUCAGAUUGA